GACACUUCAGUGAGAGAUGCUUCAGUAGACUGGAGAGCAUGGAUUCAGACUGGCAGAGGUCUACGGGCAGCUGUCUUGCCCCGCCAAGGUUAAAGUCUGCUGUGUUAAGUGAUGAGGAUUCGAGGAAGAAUUACUACCCUGUUGGGACCAAUGUGAGUUAUGUCUGUCGCCCAGGGUAUGAGAGAACUGAACUGAGUCCUGUCAUUACUUGUCUUGAAAAUUUAACAUGGGCGGAAGCCCCUGAGUUUUGUCUAGGAAAAUCUUGUGGUGUUCCAAAAAGCCCAGAACAUGGCAGACUUGUUGAUGCAACAAAUAACCGGUUUGGUGCAAAAGUAAACAUACUUUGUGAUGAUGGAUACCGAGUAAAGGGGAGAACUUUCAUCCAGUGUUUGCUUAAAGGAGAUCAAGUUGAAUGGAGUGAACUUCCAACUUGUGAAUUGAUUACUUGUUCUCCUCCUCCUAAUAUUACCAAUGGGAUGCACAAUGGCAACAAUGGGGAAAUCUUUGUCUAUAACUCAUCGGUAACUUACAAAUGUGGUGAUAAUUUCUCACUUACUGGAGAGGCCUCCAUUCAGUGUACAACUAAAGAUAACAUCAAUGGAGUCUGGAAUGGGUCUGCCCCUGAAUGCAAAGUCAUAAUUACUACGGACAAACCCACAACUGUCCCUCCCGAAGGAACAGAAGUAACUGGCACUUCCUCAGGUUCUGCACUGAACACAGCUGGCAACUCUACUGCACCUGAAGGUGGAGGGCUUGGCAUACUCAUUGACAUAGGCAUUGGCACCAGUAUUGGUAUCGUCGUUCUUGGUGCAGUUGCUGCAAUUAUACCACUGGCAGUUUUGAAGAAAAAUAGGAUGAAGGUUGGUGCAGGUUAAUGGCUUACAAAUUAACAGACAAUAUUGGAAGAAGAGAAUGGAAAAGUUUUAGGAAAUAAGCUUCAUACAUUUGCACUGAAUUUCGGUAGUGAAAAUAGACCCCUCUCAGGCACUUUCACUACAACUUUUCUCCUUUGAACUGGACUUGUAACUGGAAUCCACUGCAUUUGAAAAAAGUAAAGGAAGUGGAUCAUCCCUUUUGUCUUUAAAAACUGGUUUCUGAAGCAAGCAAAGGCAGUUGGCAGCAUCAAAAUUACUUGCUGUUCUGUACACGCAGCUGGCUCCUUAUUCCAUCUCUCCAUAGUGCUAAAUGUUUCACCUGUUAAAGAACAUGUUGGCCAUCUGAGCGUGGCAUAGUUUGGAUUGUGGGUUUUAGCUGAAGGUGGCAAGAGAGCCUGUUUAGAUGCCUGCUUACAGGCUUCCAUCGUGAUGUGCGUAAUAUUAGUCUUUAAACCUAAAUGUCAAGGUGCCAGACUCUAAAUGGAAUGUUGUGGAUUCUUGAUGUGACCUUUCUUCAGAUUUAGUCUUCAGCUACAGAUGUUUGUUGAAGUGAGAAUCUCUUCAGAUAAAUCCACCUUUCGUUCCCAGCUCUAUAACUUCAGUUUCUUUUUACAAAUUUGAGAUAUAGUGUCUCCCCUAAGAGAAAAGAGUGAAGUGUUUGAAUUUACGUGGGGUUCCAGAGAUAUUCAGAAUACUCGUCACUGAGUUUUUAAUAAAAUGUACUGAAAAUAAGGCAUCCUGUUUCUUUCCCACAAUCAACUAGCACUUUAUAAGAAGUAAGCAAUGAAAUCAAAAGUGUACUCCAUAGCAAGUUCUCCAGUGGUUUAGUGACUAAAUUAAUGUUUGUUUAAUUUAAUGUUUUAGUAAUAAAAUGUCUUUGGAGGUCUGAAAACAAGCUUUUUAAAUUCAGGAAAUGGCACUCUCUGCUGGUAAGAUGGAGGUGAUUGUAACCCAAUACAUUAUUAUAACUUAUUUUAUAAUUUAAAACUUUUAUAUUUUUUAUAAUCCCAGCUAUGUUGAGUUUUGCAUAAAUCUUUCCACAGGUGGUGAAACUGUAACUGAAGGAAUUUGUGGGAUUUAUGAUGUCAUCUUUUUAAUGUAU